AUGAUAGUACCAAAUAAAAUUGAUGAAAUAAAUUGGUUAAAAUAUAAUAUAUUACUUAGUUGUAUUCAUGCUGGUAUUUGUUCAAUAUUAUUAAUCAUAUGUGUUUUACGAGCACCAGAAAUGUUUAAAGAUCCAUUAUCACAUGCAAAUCAUUUUAAUUAUGCAUUAAUUUCAUUUAGUACAGGAUAUUUUCUAUAUGAUUUUAAUAAUUGUAUACAAAAUUCAAAAUCAUCAACAAUUGCAUUUCUAUUUCAUCAUAUUGUUGUUAUGGCAUUUUUUAUUCAUGUUCUUUUUUAUACACGUAAUAUUGGUUAUGCUAUAUAUGGUUUAUCAAUUGAAAUUAAUAGUUUUUUUUUACAUGCUCGACGAGUUUUACGUUGGUAUUCACCAAUAUUUAAAUCAAUUUAUUAUAAUAAUCUACUUAAAAUAUUUAUUGAUAUUAGUAAUUAUAUAACAUUUAUAUUAUUUCGUUUUGGUAUUGUUUUUGUUGGUUUACGUGCAUUACAUAUUCAACGAAAUCGUCUUAAUCCAAUUGUACAUAUAUUUACUGUUAUUGCUACUUUAGCUAUUGGAAUUUUAAAUAUUGUUCUUUUUUAUCGUCUAGUUAAAAAUCAAAUUAUAAGAAAAUUAAAAAUUAAACAAGAAAAACCAAACAAAGAUGAAAUUUUGAUUACUGAUAAUCAAAUUUUAUUACCAAGUUAA